AAUAUAUCAAUUAGUAUUUGAAAUAGCAAGAGAAAUAAAGAUGAGUAAUAAAAUAUUUUCAUCAUUAUUAGUCCUUGGACUAUUAUACUACAGUGUAUAUGGACAAGUUUCAUCUACAUCUGACAGCAGUGAAGACAGUAGUGACAGCGGCGACAGUAGUGACAGUGGCGACAGUAGUAGCAACAGUGAUAGCAACAGCAGUGACAGUGACGAAAAUUUCAACAUAGACUUCGAUAUUCCUGAUUACUAUCCUUGUGGCAAUCAUUCUGAUGUAGACUGCGUUCGAAGAUACUUCACCUUUAGCUCUCCAUGCAGGCCAGUCUUCUACCGAGACGUUCCAGUGGUCGUCAGAAGGAGACAGCCGGUCUACUUGCCUAAAAUUAACCUUACAGUUGUCACCUACUUUGGCCAAAUCCAUUACGAGGGUGUCAGUGUUGAAACAUUCUAUGAAAGCCCAAAAUCAAGGGUUCUCGUGCUGACCCUCUCAUUUACAAAAAUUAACAUUACUACUGCCAUCGGAGAGUUUAUCAUCAGCAGAAGAGGCGCAGUACCCAUUACGAUAGUCGACUCCGUCUCUGCUAGUUAUUCUGACGUUUCCCUGACUGCUGUGAUCCCCAAGAACCCCCGCAUCAACUUGAGGGCUGCUUCAGUGUUUGCCUACAUAUCAGAUCCUGAACCGGUCUUCGAGCUAGGACCCUUAUUCUCUAACAGUUCAGAUGAACUCGUCGCGCAAACGUACCAAGCCCUGAUCGAAGAUAAGGCGACUGCAGUUCAAGAAAUCUACCUUACCGACGCCUACAGUUAUUUCUUUGGCUACUUCAAUAAUAUUAUUUGCAAUUCCGGCGUUCCGUACUCAGAGUAACAAAAUAUGAUAAGGCGUUGACGCUAUUGAAGUAAUUAUUAAGUUUUUCAUUUUUUUUUCUACUAAGAUUGAAAUUAAUUUAGAUAAAAGUACCUACUGCUGUGAAUAUACUUAAUUAGUAACAAACAUUAAUG